UUUUAGUUCAAUAAUGGAGCUCGUUGCAUAUGCGAUGGCAGCGAAGCUCAUCACCGAAACAGUCCAAAUCACUAUCAAUAGUAUUUCUGAAACGUUGGAAACGAUUAAUUCGGAUCCAACAGUAAGAAUUGAUAAUCUGAAUGAAUUGAAAAGGCGGAAUGAUGAGGCUCAUAGUCAAUACAUGAAAGAGCUGAAAGAAGCCAGAGAAGAAUCUGACGAUGCAUUAGCCAAGAGACAAGCAACUGCCGAUUCUCAGAUUUCUGAACUUAUUAAUUCAAACAAUGAAGCAAUCAGAGAGUUGCAGAAGAAAUUUGAUGAAGACGCCGCUGCUUACGACCGUUCAAUUAAAGAAACGACAAGGGAGCAUGAUCAGAAAAUGAAGGAAAUGAGGUCAGAAACCAGAGAAGCUCAGGAAAAAGCAGAAAGGAAUCACAGAGAAAAGAUGUCAAAAAUAAAGGAAGAUCAUGAUAAAGAAAGAGUAGCUGCUCUACAAAAAAUAGAUGCCGCUAAAAAAGAAGGCGCUGAAAUGAUUGCACUUGUUGAGAUGGAGAAACAAAAAAUUGUGAGAGAACGAGCCGAUGAGAUGAAUGAGCAUCAUAAAAAUAUGGAAACUAUGACGAAAGAGUAUCAUCAAAAACGAGAAGAGAUUCAUGAGGUUAUUAAGAACAAAAAGUUGGACAUUUUGAAAGAUAAACGCGAACAUCAAAGAAUUGAGCAUGAGAAAAUCAGUGAGAACAUGAAAAAUGCAUUCAAUGCAUUAUUGAAUGUACAAAGAGAGAAUAAUGCUAAACAUCUCGUGAGUAACUUCCAGCAACUUUUUGAGCCAGUGGAAGAUGUGAAGAAAUUGUUGGAUUCUGUGAAAAUUAAGAUAGAACUGGUCGAUGGCAAAGAUCCAAAAAUUGAGGCUGAACAACUAUAUGAUCUUGAAGAAAUUCAAGCUAAGAAAAGUAUAUUUGAGAAUCGUAUACGCAGACUUCGUUCAAUUCUGAUACACUCCAGUUUUACCGAUCGCAAAUUACAUGAAAUUUGCUCGACCACUAUUUCCAACAUUGAAACUUUAAUGAACAAAAGCGAUAUACUAUCAGUUUGCCAUCAUUUUCCCAGAGCAGUCGAAAAACAAGAUUUGAAGAAAAUCAAGCACUACGCUGACAUGGCACGGAGCCUGAGCGACACGUUUUCUCAAGAACUGGGGAAUAUUAUUGACACGUUUUCUACAUCUUCCGGAAUGUAUAUCAUCGAGAAAGAACAUCAGGAAGCUAUCGAGAAUUGAAGAUUUUUCUAAAUUAAUUAUUUUUGCUUUUAUGUAUUUAACUUUUAAAAAAUCAAACUGCUUCAAGUUGCCAUUAAAUUGUAUUCUUAAGGCUAUUUAAGAUUGGUUUUUUUCUUUCCAGUGAACUUUUAACUCGUUAACGAAAAAAAAUUGUAGGAUA